AUGGCAACUAGUCUACCUGACUUUCCACCGUUUGAUACGGAUGCAGAGCCGACAUCUUUGGGAAUUCAAUGGAAAAAAUGGGUUCAACGACUCGAGAAUUUAUUCUUGGCCCUCGACAUUAAGGAUAAAACUCGACAAAAAGUUUUGCUCCUGUAUUACGCUGGUGUGAAACUAUCAGAUAUUUAUUAUAUUCUGAAGACGACAAUUAAGGAUUAUCAGCAAGUAAAAGGAAAACUAGAUGCCCAUUUCGAACCCAAGGUAAACUUGACUUUUGAAACCUAUAAUUUUCAAACUAUCUCAGAAAGAGGACGAAUCCAUUGACAAAUUUGUAACCAGUCUUCGAGAAGUUGCCAACAGGUGUGACUUUCAUAGUAUUGAUCGCGAAAUAAAGGAUCACAUCGUUCAGAAAUGCUUCUCUGAUCGCUUGCGUAGAAAGGCAUUGAGAGAAGAUCUAUCACUUGCAAAUGUAGUAAAUGCAGCAAGAGCUAUGGAAAUAGCAGAUGCUCAGGCAAAAGAUGAAAACACUCUAAAGACGAAAGAGUGGGAAGAGAGGAUCAAAACAACCAGUCCAAAAACAAGGAAUGCUGUAACUGUGGUGGCCUGUGACCACAUACAAAUGGUAAAGUCUUGUCCGGCGUGGAGACUUGAGUGUCGGAAUUGUGGCAAGAGGAAUCAUUAUGCGAGGAAGUGCAAAGCAGCUAAACGGGUGAGAAAAAUUAACUAAAGUGACAGUGAAGACGAAUACCGGGUAUCGGCCGUGAAGGAAAAGGUGUGUAAUAAAUAAAGUUAAAAUUAAUAUCAACGCUGUUCCAGUAAAGCUUCAGAUUGACUCAGAGGUCGAUGUAAACAUAAUAGAUGAGGACACUUUUGUUACAUUAAAAGGAAAAGUAACUCUAAAGAAAUCUAAUGCCAAAUUGUUUGCAUAUAACUCUACAUCACCACUUCCCCUGGUCGGCAAGUUUACAGCAGCAAUAGCCACAAAAAAGCGGUAUGAUGUAGCAGAUUUCUAUGUGAUAAAAGGGUCAAGAUCAUCAGGAUGUCUGUUAGGUUCUACUUCAGCUGUAAAACUUGGUAUAUUAAUAUUACACAUAGUCAACCAAGUGAAAUUUAAAGCUGGUACUACAUCAAAGGCAACUGAAGCAUCGGCAGGGGCUGUUCCUGCCAAAAAUAAACAGAACAGUCUAAGCCAGCAACACGUUUGAAAGGGAUGUUGGGUGAACUUGUUGCUUCGUACGAUGACAUUUUCCAGGGUAUUGGAAAAUUGAAAGGAGUGAAGGUGACACUUCAUAUUGAUGAGACUGUAAAGCCAGUGGCCCAAAAGCACAGAAGGGUACCAUUCCAUUUAAGAGAUAAAGUCGAAGCCGAACUGUCUCGUCUUGAAGACGCAGGUAUCAUUGAGACAGUAGAUUCUGCCACUGAUUGGAUUUCACCAAUAGUGAUAGCUCCAAAGAAGGACUCAAACGAAAUCAGAAUGUGUGUGGAUACGGUAGAUUUUUAGAACCUAACCGGGCUAUCAAGAGGACCCGGCAUGUUAUUCCAACAGUAGAAGAGCUAAGACAUGACCUCAAUGGAGCUAAGAUAUUUUCUAAGUUGGAUUUAAUUAAUGGCUUCCAAUAACCUUCCAUAAGUUAGAGUUAGAUGAAGAAAGCAAAGGUAUUACAACAUUCUCAACUCAUGUGGGACUGAGACGCUAUUGUCGAUUAAAUUUUGGGACAAAUUCAGCUCCAGAGAUUUUCUACGAUGAGUUAAGAAAGAAAUUGGAAGGGAUUCCUGGCGUUAGGAACAUCCAUGAUGAUAUAUUGGUAUCUGGGUUUGAUGAAGAAGACCACAACCGUGCCCUCAGUGCCACUUUUCAACGCCUCCGUGAAUCUGGUUUGACCGAUGUAGAAAGGAGAUAUGGCCAGAUCGAGUGACAGUCCCUGGCCAUACAGUAUGGAUGCCUUAGAAACGAGAUUUACUUACUGGGUAGAUACAGAUCAUAAACCUUUGGUCAGCCUUUACAACAGUCCACGUCGACCAGGUCCUUUCCGAGUCGAGCGCAUGCGUUUAAAGCUACAAGGAUUUUCGUUUAAGGUUGUACCAGCUUGGUAAAUUGAAUCCUGCAGAUUACACCUCAAGACAACCCCUACCAUUGUUCCCGAUGUUCAAAACGAGAGUUGAAAGAAUCGGCAGAACUAGAAGCAAUUGGGUUGUUACUAAUGACGUUCCUCCAUCUCUAAAGAUCAAAGAAAUUCGCUCGGCGACCCAUCUCGAUCCAGUCCUCUGCGAUCUUUACAAGAUUAUCGAGAAUCAACAGACUAUCGAUGGUGCAAAAUGUAGACAAUAUACAAAUGUAGUAGAAGAACUCUCCAUCGCAAAAGGGGUCAUAUUGAGGGGUAACAGAAUCAUAAUACCGAAGUCGUUACAAAACAAGGUUAUCAAGAUAGCACACGAAGGUCACCAAGGCCUCGUUAAGACAAAACAAUUGCUUAGGUCUAGAGUAUGGUUUCCCAAAAUGGACGAAGCAGUAUCAGCCGUUGUUGGUCCCUGCAGUAUUGCAUGCCAAGCUACUGUGAAUACGCCAUCACAGGAACCAGUCAAAAUGGUCCGUGGGAAAGCUUAGCAGUUGACUACUAUGGACCGCUACCAUCGGGAGAUUAUGUGUUGGUUGUUAUAGACGAAUAUUCAAGGUUUCCUGAGAUCGAAUUUACAACAUCAACAUCGGCUAAAGCAACAAUUCCAAAGCUGGACCGCAUUUUCUCGUCCUAUGGUAUUCCAAUUCAGCUGAAAAGUGACAAUGGGCCUCCAUUUAACUCGAAAACCUUUAGCGAUUACUGUGAAUUUAUGGGAAUUCAACAUAACAACAUUACCCCUCUCCACCCACAAGCUAAUGGAUUGGUCGAAAAUUUUAACAGAAUGAUAAACAAGGUAGUGCGUACUUCUUCGAUUGAGCGGAAAUGUCGGAAACAGGAACUCUUUAAAUUCCUUCGGAAUUACAGAGCAACGCCACACACCACAACAGGUAAAAGUCCGGCUGAACUACUGUUCCAAACACGACCGUAUCGAGUACGGAUGCCAGAGCUGUCAACGUCACAUGACACCGAUAACGAGGUACGUGAAAGAGAUGCGGAAAAGAAAUUGCAAGCCAAGCAGUAUGCAGAUCGAAAGUCUUAUGUUAAAUCGUCUAGCCUUAAAGUUGGUGAUCUGGUCCUUGUGCGUAAUGAACGAAAAGGAAAGUUGCAGCCAUUAUAUGAUCCUAAACCAUAUACAGUGACAACGACAAAGGCACAAUGA